AUGUAUCCCCAGUCCACCAUUCAAUGUAUCUAUAAGAACAACAAUAAGCACGACAAGAUCGGCCAGACCAGGACGGUCAACAAUAAUAGCAGCGACGACGGCAGCAACGCCCAUCUCUCCGAGUCGGGCAACCCAGACCUCGUUGCCAUUAGCAGCAGCCAGUCGGGCACCAGCAACGAGGGCAGUACUAUAGACUACGGCAUGAUGUUGAAGGUCUUUGCACAUCUGGGGAGUCACUCUGCCCGCACUGCCUACCCCUGCGAAUCAUUGGACCAGAGCCUAUUGGACAUGGGACUAUUACAACCCUCCGCCAUGAAUAAUAUCCCUGCCACCAGAUCGACCUCUCAACCGCUCGACAUGACUCCUUUGUGGACGCCUCCCGGCCUUCCUUCGACCAACAUGAGCAGCCACUUACCCAGUCCUCCGAUCCAGCCGACACUGGGGAGUCUGGCCUUGGAUGGCGGAUUCGAAGGGCAGACCCCGUGGCCCAAGCUCUCAGCCCAACAUGAAGGGCUACGGUCGUCUCUCCGGGCCUACGCAGGCCAGGAGGCCGAGGUAGAGGGAGGAGGACGGCGUCCCGAAGAUGAAACAUUCCAGUGGGUGAUGGAGGCCGUCGGCCGCCUGGAGCAGUCGGCCCAGCAACAGUGUCAGCGGCGAGCAUCUCUAUCUUUGCACAGUCGACCACCAACCAGGCCCUUAACUGCACCCGCGGCGCGGGACUUUUUACCGCCUCGGCCACGAUGCGACGCGCUUCUGAACGCCUUUCUGGAAACCUAUGAGUCCGUGCUUCGCAUCCUGGAUAGACCGACCUUUAGGAAACGCUACGAGAGCUUCUGGGAACGGUCGGCAUCCCAACUUACGGAGACCGAUGAGGACAUCGCCUGCCAACUGUUGUUGAUUGUCGUGCUCGGCAACAGCGUGUGUCUUCAACCCAAUGCCCUUGGUGAUCUAACUCUGCGGCGGGAACAUGCCAGCUGGAUUGUCUGGGUGAAGCAAUGGGUGGAGCAGAAGACCGCUGCUGGCGAACAUGCACACCUGGGCGUCGCGCAGAUUGUAUGUCUCCUCACCCUCACCCGGAACACACAACACCAGCGCAUUCUCAGUGAUUAUGACCCGGUCCGAAUCGGCAUCAGGAUGAGCCUGCACCGCGAGCCCCGCCCUUCCAGGUCGUCGUUUGGCUCCAAUAAUGAAGUGGAGCUGCGCCGCCGAUUAUGGGCCACCAUGAUGGAGCUCUCCCUGCAAUUAUGCCUGGAUGAGGGCCUGCCCCCGCCCCUUGCCCCCGAGACCUACGACAGCGAGCUUCCAUCCAGCCUGGACGAUGAAUUGGUCGAUAUCGGCUUUGGUACGACAGGUUUUACCUCAUCCACCGUCCUCGUGCUUCUAGCACGCACGCAGCGCUUGCGUCUUCGGAUUCUACACACGAUCCACACCCCUAUGGGGAUUCGGACGUACGAACAAAGCGAGCAACUAGCCACGGAACUCAUCGCGGCGUGCGACGCCAACCUAAAAGCCCUGCGCGAUAUAAGCCAGCCCCAGUCCCAGUCCCAAUCCCAGCCGACCGAUUUCCAGAUCAAGAUGCUUGACAUCUUCACGCGCCCGUUUGUGCUGGCCCUUUACAAUCCCUACGCCAACGAAACCACCGACAAGCCGGCCUCCUACUAUUCCCGACAAAUGCGCAUGGAAACUGCUGCCCUUCUCCUAACGUACCCGCUUCGGACAUCCGACUUAGAUGCCGUUGAAACCACGCUUGAUGUCGGUCUCGACCUGGCCAACAGCGCCACUUGCACCGGCACUGGCGCUACUACCACGGAGAUAACCGAAGUGGCCGAUCCUUACGAGGCGUUGCGGGUGCACAGUCACACGCGCUGCGCCAAUGUCCAACGACAGGCUGCGGCAACGCUGGUUCUCGAUCUCAUCAGUGAGCUGGAAGAGAACCCGUUUCCCACGCUGCAUGGGUCGUCUCGCAAGUACCUGCGAGGGGUAGUCGGGGAUGUGGCGCGGGUGUUUAAGCAGCGGAUGCAAUGUGCAGCGGGGAUGCAUUCCAUGGGUGAGUUCAUGCUGUUUGCAGCGGGGGCGGCAUACAUUGAUGUAUUGCUGGGAUCGGGAGGAGGAGUCGGUGAUGAGCAGGAUACAGUGGCACAUGCCUUGAUUGUGGCCCUGGGAGUCUGUACCGAGGUGGCCGGGUUGGACACGCUAUCAUUACCUUUAGAUUCGUACUUAGGAUGUUGA